UGCGUGGUACAUGAAAAUGGCAAAAAUCUCUCUCAUGAUCAUCACUGGUCUUCUUGGAUCUCUUCUCAGUGCCGAAUGUACAGUUUUUAUCAAAAAUGAACAAGCAAGCUCAAUUUUGCGCAGGCUGAAGAGAUAUAAUUCAAAUCGACUGGAAGAGUUUGUUCCAGGGAAUCUCGAGAGAGAAUGUAAGGAAGAAAAAUGCAGUUUUGAAGAAGCGCUAGAAGUCUUUGAAAACAGGGAAAAAACAAUGGAGUUUUGGAAAGGUUAUAUUGAUGGAGACCAGUGCAAUCCAAAUCCGUGUAAAAAUGGAGCCCGUUGUGCAGAUGACAUCGGUUCCUACAUGUGUUGGUGCCCGGCAGGGUAUGAAGGAAGGAAUUGUGAGCUAAAUUCAACCUGUGCUACUAAGAAUGGAGGAUGCAAGCAUUUUUGCACCAAUGACCCACCCCGCAAAGUUGCUUGCUCCUGUGCAGUUGGCUAUAAACUGAAUGGAGAUGGAAAAUCCUGUGACCCUGCAGUGCCGUUUCCAUGUGGGAGGAUUACCACUCCUGAAGCCAAAAGCAAGAACUCCCGAGCCAUGAACACCUUUGACAAGUGGUACUACAAUUCUACCGAUGAUCACGACGAAGCAACAGACAAUACCACACAAAUCACACCCAUCAUUAAACAAGUUACACGAGUCGUUGGUGGAGUGGAAAGCGGGAAAGGUGAAGUUCCUUGGCAGGUUCAUUUGCAGAAUAGAAAUGGAGUAGGAUUCUGCGGAGGGUCUAUUGUCAAUGAAAAAUGGAUCGUAACAGCAGCGCACUGCAUUGAGCCUGGAGCACAGAUUACGGUCGUGGCAGGGGAACACAACACGGAAGUCAAUGACGGUACCGAGCAAUAUCGCCAAGUGGUGAACAUCUUUCCUCAUCCCACCUAUAAUGCCAGCCAAAACAAGUACCAUAAUGACAUAGCACUGCUAAAGCUUGGGACCCCGCUGGAGUUCAACAGCUACGUCACCCCCAUUUGCAUCGCCAGCAAGGAAUUCACCAACAGCCUCCUCAAACAUGGAACUGGCACCGUGAGUGGCUGGGGGAGCCAGCUGUUCCGGGGAAGGGUGGCCACAGUCCUACAGGUUCUGAAAGUCCCAUUCGUUGACCGUGCAACAUGCAUGAGAAGCAGCACGUUUUCUAUCUUACAGAAUAUGUUCUGUGCUGGUUACCAUUCAGAGGCUAAAGAUACCUGUGAAGGGGACAGCGGGGGCCCUCAUACCACAGAAAUAGAAGGUACCUGGUUUCUAACUGGAAUAACCAGCUGGGGGGAAGAGUGUGCAAAGGACGGCAAAUAUGGUAUCUACACCAGAGUAUCAGAGUAUGUCAGAUGGAUAAAAGAUAGAACAAGAGGUUAAUCAACAUAGAGCUAAACCUUUCUAUUGCUUUUCUGUGGAUUGCCUGAUUAGGAGAUGUUGGCAAGUGUAAAAAAAACGUAAUUUGUCUUAAAAUGUUGCAUUUUAAUAAACAAUUUUCAUAGAA